UAUAUCUCACUGGUCCUAGUCCGGGGGGGGCGGGGCUAAGCUGCAGUCGCUCUGCAGCCUCGGUGGGUGGCCCCAGCAGGGGCCCUCCUCCCCCGCCUCCCGGCCGCCCCGCCCCGCCCCGCCCGCAGCUCCGCCUCCCUGCUGUCGUCGCGGAGCUAGGCCGGCAGAGGGCGGUGUGGGCAUUUGCGCUCAGAGAUCCGGGAGCGAAGGAACCUGGCGGCCGCCGUCUAUUUCCCUCGUCGGCCGCAAUGGUUUUUCCCAGACUCCCCCGCGGGUAAACAGACAUGGCCGACGAAGGUGGCGGAGGAGAACCAAACAUGGGGAACCACCUGCAGCUCAUGCCCGCAGAAAAUGAAGAAGAUGAUGAAAUGGAAGUUGAAGAUCAGGACAGCCAAGAAGCCAAAAAACCUAAUAUCAUAAAUUUUGACACCAGCCUGCCAACAUCUCAUAUGUAUCUGGGCUCUGAUAUGGAAGAAUUUCAUGGCAGGACUUUGCAUGAUGAUGACAGCUGUCAGGUGAUUCCAGUUUUGCCACAGGUGAUGAUGAUGUUGAUUCCUGGACAAACCUUACCUCUUCAACUUUUUCGUCCUCAAGAAGUUAGCAUGGUGCGGAAUUUAAUUCAGAAAGAUAGGACUUUUGCAGUUCUAGCAUACAGUAACAUACAGGAAAGGGAAGCACAUUUUGGGACAACAGCUGAAAUAUAUGCCUAUCGGGAAGAGCAAGACUUUGGAAUUGAAAUAGUAAAAGUGAAAGCUGUAGGAAGACAGAGGUUCAAAGUACUUGAAAUAAGAACACAAUCAGAUGGAAUCCAGCAAGCAAAAGUACAGAUCCUUCCUGAACGAGUAUUGCCUUCAACCAUGUCUGCAAUCCAGUUGGAAUCUCUUAAUAGGUGCCAGCUUUUUCCAUCUUCAAAACCUGUAUCAUGGGAAGACCACUGUUCACCUCAGUGGUGGCAGAAGUAUCAGAAGAGAAAGUUUCAUUGUGCAAGUCUGACUUCUUGGCCUCCCUGGCUCUAUUCCUUAUAUGAUGCUGAAACCUUAAUGGAAAGAGUCAAGAGACAACUACAUGAAUGGGAUGAAAAUCUAAAAGAUGAAUCUCUUCCUUCAAAUCCAAUCGAUUUUUCUUACAGAGUAGCUGCCUGUCUUCCUAUUGAUGAUGCAUUACGAAUUCAACUACUUAAAAUUGGCAGUGCUAUUCAGCGGCUUCGUUGUGAACUAGAUAUUAUGAAUAAAUGUACCUCCCUUUGCUGUAAGCAAUGUCAGGAAACAGAAAUCACAACCAAAACUGAAAUAUUCAGUUUGUCCUUAUGUGGGCCUAUGGCAGCAUAUGUGAAUCCUCAUGGAUAUGUGCACGAGACGCUUACGGUGUACAAGGCUUGUAACCUCAAUCUGAUUGGCCGAUCUUCAACAGAGCACAGCUGGUUUCCCGGGUAUGCUUGGACUAUUGCCCAGUGUAGAGUUUGCUCAAGUCAUAUUGGGUGGAAAUUUACAGCUACCAAGAAGGAUAUGUCACCUCAGAAAUUUUGGGGAUUAACCCGAUCUGCUCUCCUGCCCAGAAUUCCAGAAACUGAAGGCACAUCCAACCAAGAUAGCUCACCAUUACUCUGCUUGUAACCUGAUGAUUUGCUAUGGGAACAAGAAACAGAACCAGUCAGUCAGUAUUUCUAGAUCAAAUCUGCCUUGGAAGUUAUUCUCUCUUCAGAUGCUUGCCUAAGUAAAAAGUGUCAUUGCACUGAGGUUUGCUGUAUGUAUGAGGAAUUGCUACUUCCCUGAGAAACAACAGUAGCUGAAGAUUUGAAUUCAUUGUUGAAGAGGAGGAAAAGAAAUUUAGCAAAUAGGUUUGAUUUCAGGAAUAACUAUCCUAAAUAACUUGGUAAACUUGCCACUGCCCUGUUGAAUUUGAUGUCCAUUUUUACCCAACUAAAGUUUAAAAAAAUAUGCUGUUAAAACAGCUUGCUGCUUAUCUUUUUCAUGUGUAGCAACCAAUAUUAAAAGUGCAUUUCUUUUCUAGGAAUGUUUGUCAGAGGUAUCACAUGAAGAUAUUUUUCAAAGUGGCGCUGAUGUUUCCAAGUUUGUAUAUGUGUACACACACACACACACUCUCUCUCUCUCUCUUUGAAUUUCCAUUUUUGCUUGAUAGUAAAAUAUCCUGGUAUGAGACUGGUUGCUCCAUCCUGGUAUUUGUGAUGGGUUGUAAUGCCAUUUUGGUAACAAAAGUGGUAAAAGGCAAUCAAUGGCACUUGCUGCUAAAGCAAGUAAGAUACAGUGUUCCUUUUUUAUAGGGAGAUUGGAUCAUAUAUUACAAAGGGCUUUUUCCUUUCUGAUUUCGCUUUUUUGCCAUGUUGAUUUGUAAAUCUUUUAAAGCAUUGAUGUAAAAUGUACAGUUUGAACUCCCCAAAUAAACUUUCCUCAUUUUCCAAAAUAUUAGUGAAUUCUGAGUCAUGCUGUUAAAUCAUAUUUGCUUAGUUUUUUAGUAAACUUGCCCAUUUAAAUUUAAUUUGCUCAGGACAUAAAUUAUUUUCCAUGAAGAAAGUAUAAACAUAUGGUAAUUAUCCUUUUCUCAUUUAGCAACUUCAAUAUUGUUUUCCCAUUUUAUUUUUGGAAAUAGACAAGAGAAGUAAAAGCAAAAGCAGAAUAAUGAGAAAAAUAUUAAUUUUUUUGAAAUUGUACUUAAGAGUCUAGUAGUGAUCUGUUUAAAUUUAUUCUAGUAUUGUUUGGUUCAUCCUUUAUAUGUUCAAAGUAAAUAAUGAAAGAAAAAAUUUAUAAGUCAGUUUAAUUAAUAAAGGAGUUCUUACAGUAAAUUGUAUUCAAUGAUUCUCUUCUACCCAACUAUGUUUAUGUAGUGCAUGUUGAACUAACAUUUUGUAAACACAACAAAAUCAGAAUGUGAUGUUGUUUCAUAGUUAUAAAAAAUUUUCAGUUAACUUUGAGGAACUAAUGGCCACUGAUUUUUGAUACCUUCUCUGCUUUUAUUAAAGUGUUUAGUUGACCCAUUUCCAUAACAUAGUUUUUGGGUUUUUUUCACUGAUUUACCUUUAUAAUGGACUGGAGAAAUCAUUAGCAAUGCUGACGAAGCAGAAAGAAUUUUUUUCUAAUUGAAAAUAUUUUUUAGAUUUUUGAAAAUCAAAAUAAGAAGAACAUAUCUAUACUGUAGUUAUUUAAAAGAAAUUGUUUUCUUGACAUUCAUAUCAUUUAAGUUGGAAUGGAGACGUUAAAGGUAGUGUUUUCAGUUAUUACUAAAUGGAGCCCCUCGAAACAUCAAACUGACAUAUGACAUCUAAGCAUGAAAUAUGCUUUCUUUUGGGUGCUGUAUGCAUAUAUAAUCAAGUGGAAUUAGUUCAAAAUGCAAUUUGAUUAUGAUUUUAUUUGCAUUCCAUACAAGUGAGCAUCUUUGUUGUAACUAAAUUUGACGACAUCCUGAUAAGUUACUGAAAAGAUGAGCAAUUUCUUUUUGUGGUUUCUAGCUACAAAGGUAUCACAUGUAGAGAAAUCAUUAAAUAUGUAUGUAUUAUUUUAGAGUAUUGCUAUAGACUUUAAGGAUUCUAUACAUUAUCAAUUUUCAUGACUUGAAAAUUCUGAUUUUUAAGAAAGAAUGUGAAUGUUAGGAUGGUGAUUUUAGAUAGCAAUGAAUGAUCCUACACUGGCCAGCAGAAUGCAGAUCUCUGUAGUUAUCCCAACUAUAUUUAAUUGUACACUUUAGAAGUACUUGCCAUUAAGUGCUCAUUUCAGUAGCACGAAAUACCUCUAGGAACAAACAAAAUUGCCUAAUUUAAGUAUCUUUCAUUAGAUUUGUUAAAAGGAAAAUGAUAAAAGCUCUUUUGUGGCAUGUAGCCAUUCUUUUUAUGUGUUUUCAAUUUUAUUGUAUUGUGAGAUUUUUUUAUGAUGCUGUUUUGUACAUUAAUAUUUCUGGUUUGGAGUUCAGAUAAGUUUUCAAGUGUAGAGUAUUUUGCAGUUGCUUUUAGGAAGCCUCUUUAUUUCACUUUUUCAGUCUGCUUUUUGAAAUCUCAGACUAAUUUGUCGGUAUUACUGCUUGCCAAUAUUUGCAAAGAAUUAAAUUCACUUAUUUAAGAAAUAAUAAAGCCCUAAUAUUGUGACUGA